AUGGAAGGCGUGGAACACAGAACGGUGGAAGUGAAUGGCAUAAAAAUGCAUGUAGCAGAGAAAGGAGAGGGUCCUGUCGUGUUGUUCCUCCAUGGCUUCCCCGAGCUCUGGUACUCCUGGCGCCACCAGAUUCUCGCUCUCAGCUCCCGAGGCUACCGCGCUGUUGCACCGGAUUUACGUGGCUACGGUGAUACAGAGGCACCGGUUUCAAUCAGCAGCUACACAGGCUUUCAUAUAGUGGGUGAUCUGAUUGCGCUUAUAGACCUUCUGGGUGUCGACCAAGUCUUCCUUGUGGCUCAUGACUGGGGUGCCAUCAUUGGUUGGUAUCUCUGCACGUUUCGCCCCGACAGAGUGAAGGCCUAUGUCUGCCUCAGUGUUCCUUUGCUUCACAGAGACCCCAACAUCAGAACCGUCGAUGCCAUGCGUGCUAUGUACGGAGAUGACUACUACAUCUGCAGAUUUCAGAAACCAGGCGAAAUGGAGGCUCAGAUGGCUGAAGUUGGAACUGAGUAUGUGUUGAAAAACAUUCUGACAACUCGAAAACCUGGUCCUCCGAUAUUUCCCAAGGGAGAGUAUGGAACCGGGUUCAAUCCAGAUAUGCCGAAUUCCUUACCCUCUUGGCUCACGCAAGAUGAUCUUGCCUAUUACGUAUCCAAAUAUGAGAAAACGGGCUUCACAGGACCCUUGAACUAUUACAGAAAUAUGAACUUAAAUUGGGAGCUGACAGCACCAUGGAGUGGAGGAAAAAUUCAAGUGCCGGUAAAGUUCAUCACAGGUGAGUUGGACAUGGUGUACACCUCACUGAACAUGAAGGAGUAUAUCCACGGUGGAGGUUUCAAACAAGAUGUUCCAAAUUUAGAAGAAGUGAUUGUGCAGAAAAAUGUAGCUCACUUCAAUAAUCAAGAAGCAGCUGAGGAAAUCAAUAAUCAUAUUUACGAUUUUAUCAAGAAGUUUUAA